AUGAUUUGUGUUAUUACAAUUUCCAUGCUUGAAUCACUCAGAUUUCAACAAUUACUUCUGUUCAGGUACACUUGCAGUGAAAAGGAAUUGUUAGGCCAAUGUGUCCCAAUUAAUAGUCUAAGAGUAUCUGAUUCAAGUUGGGGAACAAAAAUUCACGCUACACUUUUCAAUGGUUAUAUUGAGUUGUGGAAAAAUUAUUUACAACAAAACAAGAUCUGUUAUAUCAUAAACGGACGUAUCAAUAGUGCAAAUCCGAAUUUUCAAUCAGUGCACAAUGAGCUUGAGAUUGGAUUUAAGGAAAGUACGUUAGUUGAAGAAAGCAAUAGUCACUUUUCGACCAUUGGUUUUUCAAAUAAUUUUAUUUCAUUCGAUGAGGCAUCAAAGUGCACCAAUGGAACAAUUUUUGGGUUGAUAGAAAAGACUGUAACCUUAUGGAAUGAUUUCUCAGAGAUAAACGGUCAAGUACUACAAAAAUUGAUUGAUGAAAAACCUGUUGUUGCGACAUGUGAUAUUAGGAAAACAUCAUAUAGAGGAAAUUUUUCUAUAUCUACUACGUACGUUAGUAUAAUGAUAAAUCCAAAGUUUGAAAAGGCGGUAGCUCUCCAAAAAUGGCAUGACUAUAAGAAGGCAAAAAACAUAGAUAUUAGUUCAUUGCCAAAUAUACAACUGAAAAAUGCUCGAGAAGUAAAGAUUGAGGACAUGAAAGAUGAUUCGUUCGACAAUAAAGAGGAUACAUAUUUUAAAUUUAAUGCAAGAAUAAAAGAUAUAAUGAACAAAGACGAACCAUGGUAUUCUUCUUGCAAGAAAUGUUACAAGAAAGUGGACGUUAUAAAUAAUAUUACAAAAUGUCAUCGUUGUGGCGUCGAGAAUGUUGAUUACCAGGAAAGGUAUAUUCUAAAGCUUGAGGUGUUUGAUAAGAAAGAACGUUAUUAUGUUACACUGUUUGAAUCCACAAGAUACUUGCUUGGUUGUGAUGUUACAACGUAUAUACAAUCAAUAUCUCAAAAUAAAGAAGAAUCCAAAUUUUAUCGCAAAUUGGUGUUGAGUCUGGAAAAAAAGUUCACCUUUCUUGUCAAAAUUGAUUCCAAAAAUGGCGGCGAUCGAGAUGGAAGACGAUUUAUUGUGGAGGAGAUCUAG